GCUGGUCACACUGGUGGACAGGUUUUUUUCCCCGGAUGACUUCGGCUAACAAUUAACAUGGACCAUUAACAUUAAGCCGCUCAUAAUCAUCAUCUCCGCCGCUUAAGGCCAGGUGAGAUCAUCAUCUUCGCUGGCCGUGAAAUGCACCUGAAGAUGGUGCCGUGAAAGCUUGGGAAAUCGCCGAGAAAUCGACUGCAACGAAGUACUUAAUUUGCAACCAAAACAAAAUGCCAAUCCUGCUGAUACUCACGGGGAUUAUAUCCCUGACCUUGGGAAUGGAUCAUCAUCACGAAGAUGCCAAGCACCUGGCAUCCAAGCUGACCUUGCCCAACCUGCCGUCCGAGCAUCUUAUCCGUUACCUCAACACCUUUCCAAAGCUGAAAAAGCAAUUGCCAACCAAUGGGACAAAGAUUAUAUCAACUGCUUGCUGGGGACACGAGCGUGGCUGUUCCCCAGAUGCCCGUUUCCAGACGCCUCAAUGCCCCGGAGAUCACACUGGCUGGGCCAGAAGCAAAGAGGCUCAGAUCAACACGUUCUAUCAACAGGCAGACUUUGGUUAUAUCCAGGAACAGCUGGCGGAGUUGACACCCCAGUGUGUCCCCACCUAUCUGGGUGAUUCUUCGCUGGAGUGCACUCACUAUCUACGUUUUUGCCGUGGCCGAAAUCUGCUCUUCGAUUUCCGGGAUUUGACCCAUCGGACAGAGCGUAUACGUUACCACAUGGAUGUCCUCAGACCUGGACAACUUCUGGGCCAUUGUGAGCUGAAUCGCACUAGAAUGUCUGCCGAAAUGGACCAUAUAGGAUCGGCGCUGCAGUCCUGGGGUCCGGAACUACGAAACUUUGAUGUAUUACCUCAUCCCAUUUUGGAGAGCGGCCUCUGCGAUGAGGUGGUGAAUACGCCCACUUUCAUUAUGAAAAUCGAUGCGACGUACAACAUGUACCAUCACUUCUGCGACUUCUUCAACCUAUAUGCCUCGCUUUUUGUCAACCAAUCACAUCCAGCAGCCUUUAACACGGAUGUUCAAAUACUGAUUUGGGAAACCUAUCCGUAUGAUUCUCCGUUCCGGGACACUUUCAAGGCAUUCUCGCAACGACCCGUGUGGACAUUGAGCGAUUUGGAGGGAAAGAGGGUGUGCUUCAGGAAUGUUGUGCUUCCCCUGUUGCCCAGGAUGAUUUUUGGAUUGUUUUAUAAUACACCAAUUAUUCAGGGCUGUUCGAAUAGUGGCCUUUUCCGAGCAUUUUCCGAGUUUAUUCUACAUCGCCUCCAAAUUCCUUACGAGCCACCACGGAGAAAACUUCGCAUCACAUACCUUUCGCGCCGCACAAAGUACCGAAAAGUGCUCAACGAAGAGGAGCUACUGGCCCGGCUAGAGGCAAACGAGGAUUACUCUGUGCAGCGCGCCUCCUACGAGAGGCUCUCGUUUCCCGACCAAUUGGCCAUAACUCGGAAUACGGAUAUACUCAUCGGCAUGCAUGGCGCUGGUCUGACGCACUUGCUUUUCCUGCCUAACUGGGCUUGCAUAUUUGAGCUUUAUAACUGCGAGGAUCCCAACUGUUACAAGGAUUUGGCGCGACUGCGUGGAGUUCGUUAUAGAACUUGGGAGCAGAAGGAGCUGGUGUAUCCGCAGGAUGAGGGCCAUCACCCAGAAGGCGGAGCCCAUGCCAAGUUUACCAACUAUAGCUUUGAUGUCGAAGAGUUCGUCCAUCUUGUUGCUGAAGCAGCCAAGGAUGUACGAGCACAUAAGGAAUAUUCUCAAGGAGAGCCUGAAAAUCCUCAUAAAACGCAGCAUACCGAGCUUUAGCUUGCCCCGAUUGUGAUUUAAUGCAUUUACUUAACUGGCUAGACCCAAAUAAAAUGGUAUUAUGUAC